AUGCUCCGCUGUGGAAUGAUGAAGGUGUAUGCGGCGGUGGCGGUUGUGGCGGCGGCGGUGAGCUUGUUCGGAUCCGCCGACGGGCAGAUGCACCACGUGGUGGGUGGGGAUCGGGGGUGGGAACUUGCUACCGACUUGGCGUCUUGGCUCGACGGCCGGAGUUUCAGGGUCGGCGACAGAAUCUGGUUCGCCUACUCCGCCGCUGAGGGUGGAGUCUAUGAGCUCGGGAGCAAGGAGGAAUACUACGCGUGCGAUCUCAGCAACCCGAUCAAGAUGUACACGGACGGUCUAAACAGCGUCCACCUCACCGGGGAAGGGAUCCGCUACUUCGCCAGCGGCAACACCGACAACUGCAAGAGCGGCCUCAAGUUACACGUGGACGUGCUUCCUCAAGAAGAAAGUGACCAAACUGUCCAAUCGUCGACGGUUUCCGUCUCGGAUUCGGGCUCGUUUCUUGCUGCUGGGCCGACGACUCCUUCGGGAUCGGCCCGUGUUGUUGGAAGCCUUCUCUUGGUGGUAGUCGGAGUUGGGCUUUGUUUUAUGGGCUUGUGA